CUGUGCGUGGUGCGUGUCCCUGGUGCGUGUCUCGUGGUUGCGCGCGCAGUGCGGUUUCAAACCUUUCGAAGGGGGCUCGCGACUCGCUGUCUGCGGUCGCAGCAAGGCCUGCCAGUGCUGGUAGACAGCUUAGAUACAGUGUGUAUUAAAAGGCAGUGAUAUGAAGCCUUGGUUUGGUCUAAAGCAGGCUACGGUGAACAGUGAGCCAAGGGCCUGUCCUUGCCCUGCGAAAAAGAGAGUGAGAAGUGCUUGCAGGUGUGGACAUUGCGGAUGGAAAGGCACGGAGCAAAGCAUUUACAAGCAUACGAAAGCAAGACAUCCUGGCCAGCCUGUGCUAAAAGCGUUCAACAACAGUCAUUUUGGCCCUGGCAGGCGCUUUGACUGGACCCAAAGAGGCUCGGCGCAUGUCACUGUUGCUGUGCCACUUUCUUCAAUCUCAGGACAACGUGGUGCACCAUCCAGUGCGCCUAACUCUGGGACGAGUCCUGCCUCGUCAGAGAGGGAGGCUAUGGACGAUCCUACCACUCCUAUGGACGAUCAUCCAACCACAACUGGAACUGCAGCACCUGAUUUGGAACCUGAGCAACGUGAAGCUGUAGUCCAUAUCUCCGCUGGUGAACCUUCUAAAGAAAGGAGUUAUCGCCAACAUCAACCAAGCUCUUCCACAGACAUCGGCCACCAGCGACAUACCUCUGACAAGACAGGUCUCGGAGUGUCGGUGGAGUGCAGACUACGACGCAUCGAGGAGAGCCUGCUAGAAGUGAAACAGACGCUAAAGGGUGGCCAGCGAGAGUCACGUGUGUGUGCCGACAAGGACACAGAGGCGCGCAUUAACUCGGCACGUGACAUGGAUUCUCUUCUUGAGGCGGUUUCUGAUCACCGAUGGGUUGCGAUGCCGGAUCGUAACAUCGUUGUUUGCGAGCUGUGCGUCCCAAACAUGGGUCCCGAGGUCGAGCUCGAUCGAAACAAAAACAACGUCCAUGGUAUAUGCCGCUAUACCUUUUCAGCCGGAACCUCUUUUCCACGGCCAAUGACGAUACCAAAGCCGUUUACCCGUCUGAAAGAGUCUGUGAAACACCACAUCGCAUCCAAAAGGCACAGAGAUGCUGUGGAAAAGGCCAAGAGAGACUCGGCACAUGCUGAAACACGUGAGCGUUUAAGGCAAAGUGCUUGCAGAAACUCCUUGAUGGCGGCAUACCACGUUAUGAAACAUUCUCUGGCCCGUGUGAUGUACGAAAACACUAUAGUGCUUUGUGAUCUCACUGGAUCAAAGAUGGGCGAUCUUUGCCACUCUGGUCCCCAAAUGCAGCGCUUUAGGCAUGCCUUCAGUGACGUUGUCCUGGAUCAUGUAGCACGCUACGUUGAGCGGAUGCCCUGCGUUGGUAUUGUGGCGGACAAGGUGACAGUACAGCACCGGACUGUGGACAUCACCGGGAUAUUAACGCUUGUCCCAGAAGCUCAUUGCGAUGAGCUAAUUCAGAGCUUUGUAAUUGGUGCCCCAGUGGUAGCGCACCAUGAUGGCGAAUCCCUUGCGGAGGAGUGGGUGAACACUGUGAAGCGAGUGAACAUUCAGGACACGGCUAAAAUAGCCGCUGUCUGUACAGAUGGACAAUACCACGGUGCCGAUGUUCCUGCCAAAUUCUUGGCGAAACUGCAGUCCAGCCACUCGGACUACGCGGCGCGUUCAAGAUCACCAUCCGUUCCGUGCUUGUGGGACAACGCGCACUUACUGGACCUCGCCGAGAGCAGUGCGAGAAGGGAGCUGUCUUCCAAGUGGGUGGAUGAUGUGGUCGACGCCAUCAGCCGCGUCGUUAAACGGUUUUCCUACGGGAAAGGCCGCGAGGUUUUCAUAGCGGCGGGCAAACGCAUGGGGAUAGAAACCAGAGGCUUGCUCCUUUGGUCAGAGACCCGUUUUUCCCCUCACGCUGCCAAUGUCAUCGAGGCAUUCGUCACAAACCUGCCGGUACUGGCAGUCGCUCUGGAGGACCAGCUAGUGGCCAGCUGUGCCUCAGCGGGCAGCCGUACAGUUCAGCAAGCCGAGAUCAAGCAGGACAUCAAACUUCUGAAAGAUGCGUCAUUUCGGGCGCGCCUACUGGCGCUGCUAGAUCUCUACUCGGUUAUGUCGAGGACAAGCAAGUCUCUUCAGAACCUUCAGCUACUCCCAUGGCAGCGUCAGAACACGUACGAGGAGAUGGUGAAUGACCUUGGCGAGAAAAGGAAAAAGCUGGGCUUUUUUCAACAGAGAGGCUCCGCCGCAAUGUCUGCACUUCAAAUCCAAGAAAUGCUUCAGGAAGGCGACGACGAUGACAUGGCGGCGUUCUGGCCGAACCUCUCCAAAUGCGGCACAAACCUGCCUCAGUCAGUGGUGAAGGAAAUAUUGGCGUUCACGCGAGCCCUGGAGUCUCACUGCGCCAGCAGAGAACAUGGUGUGGACGCCAGAGGGCGGACGCGGGGCUGCCACAAUCUGCAACUGAAGGAGAAGAUGGUCCAGGUCAGACAGGCAGCAGAUCUCGAGAGGCUUCAACAAUCUCCCACCUCAUCCGCCAUCACCGAGGUAGGAAGGGCGCUGAGUGCCCUGCAGCACGCUUCGUUGAUUCCAACCGCUCCGAUUCCCUGGGAAUCAGUCGCUGCUACUUUCAAGGAACUGAAAAGCAUGCAGCAUGGCACCAACCAGAAACUGUUCAAGGAACUCUGGCUCAGGGAUGACCAUCGUCUCCUGCCUUACUUGAGUGUAGUGGCGCGUCUGUGGCUAUUGAGCCCGUCCGAAAGCGUAGUAGAGAGUAUGGCCUCGGUGGUGAAGGCCGUGUUCGGUGUAUCGUCGUCCCGCGUCCUUGACCAUGGCAACGCCGAAAAAGAGCUCAUCGUUAGAUGGAACGGCCCUAGCGUGCCGCAGGCUGACGGUCUAAUAGCGGCAGUCGUGCAGAAGUAUCCUCACCUGGAUAACUUCGUCAGGUCCACGCUGUCACAGCAGGUGGAAGGCAAAGUGAUAGCCCGCCACAAAGCUCACAGAUGUGCAAAAUCGCAUAUAUAUCCGCGCACUGCACCGAGCUAAGUGAAGAGGUGUGUAGUGCGAUGUGAUAGCAGUAGCUCCCAUGUGUUUGCUGUAUCUAUUCUGCACCCUUGUAAUGUUUCGUUGUCCUCGAAUGGUGUUACAGUCACGUGCUGAGCAGCAUAUAAGUGAUGAUACAUUGGAGGCUGUCAGAGCCCAGCUCACUCACUUUUGACAUUGGUUGUAAGUGAAAUGAAGUGUACUUGGAUGUAAAAUCAAUGAAGUUUUACAUUUGUAAAUUGCCAUUGUUCCGCAACAAUAUUACCAAUACACCAUGCUUGUGUAUCUGCAGCGCUAUUUGUCAUUGCUAUGCUUUGUGACCUUUUUACGCAUACGUCUAUAACAUUUUUUGCAAUAUCUGUAAGACCAACCUUACAGUUAA